UAUCUGUUAUUUUAUAAGGCAUUUUGGAAAACUUAAAAGACAUAGAGAAUAAAAUAAACACUGAAUAAGAGGCACCUUCCCUUAAGUUUGACGACCUAACAUGUACGCAACUUGACACUAUCUCAAAUUCUUCAUUCUUCAUGGUAUUCUUUGUUCCUUGUCUUCCUCUCUCCCCCACAACUUCACUUACUAGAGUAGACAUUUAUAUAUAGUUGAAGCUGCAGAGUCGCGAGUUAAAGCAUCUUAGUGUAUCAGCAACAUCAGUAGCUAGAAUAAAUAUGCUUAGUGGUAGCAUCAUUGCCUAUGAGAAUAACUUGUUCCUUGCUGCCAUUUUAUGUCUACUCUUAGUAGUCCUUUUUGUUCUCCUGCUUCACAUUUAUGCACGUUGGCUCCUUGCUGAGGGUCAUCUUUGUCGGACAUCUAUAGUCGGUGUUUUCGGCCGCACCCCCCACCUACGAAGGUCUCAUACUACAUCCUCAACAACAACAACCUACACCUAUGAUAUCACUUCCAUCUCUUCUUGUUCAUACCAAACCAAGGGAAUCGACUUGACGUUAAUAGAUUCUAUCCCAACGUUUGUACACGGAUGUGGACAAGGGUGUAAGGAAGUGAUGUUGGAAUGUGCGAUUUGCUUGAAUGUGUUCGAGGUAGGAGAAGUAGGAAGGAGCUUGCCAAGAUGUUCACAUGCGUUUCAUGUGGACUGCAUUGAUAUGUGGCUGUUUAGCCACUCUACCUGUCCAAUAUGUCGAGAUCAACUUGUGUUGGAACUUGAUGUUACUCAGAGGAGUGACACACCGGCUGUUGUGGAAAAUCGGGUGGUGGAGGUGGAGGUGGAGGUGGAGGAGCGUCUUCUUCGUCAUGAAUCAUGAUAAUGGAUAUGAACCAUGAUACCAGCUUAAGUGAUCGAUCAUCUUGUGGUGGAAAUUAUUGGAAUCGAUCAGGGGAAUGUUAAUUAGGACCAGAUCUCAGAAAAGGUUUUGUCCUUCAUAACAUUUGUUAUUUUCUUUUCAAGUUUAUUAAACUUAAAACUGUAGCUAUGUUAUGUAGGAGAAUGUCUCUCUUCUUGUAUAGAAUUUAAUAUACGAUUCCGGCUUUUAUUUUUC